UAUAAACUCUGUUUGCCCCGACCAUGUGCAUUGUUUGUAAUAAAUCUUUUGUUUGUGACAAAUGGAUAUUGCAAUGUGUAAAAACAAGUGCUUAGAGUAGAUUUUGUACAGUAUGGCUCCCACGGAGAAAGAAUCGUACGAUUUGGCCCGCAACUAUGGCCUGGACAUAUCAAUGCCUGACGUUAACUUGGCGGUGUCUACGGCCGCCCAGAAGUUCUACGCCAAGAAGUGUAACAUGCUGUACAAGGAGUUCCAGAAGACCCUGCAAUCCUUGAUCAAAGAGGAGCAGAUCGUCCGGCGGGACCUGAGGAAGCUGAAGAAGGAGAAGGCCGUCAAUAACAGGUACUCUCUGUACAGGACAGAGGGCGCUGAUCUAUUCUCCAAGGCCUCACAGAAGAGGAAGACGUACAGGGAAAACAACCUGGCGACAAUAUCGCCCCUGCUGGAGGAUUGCUUCGACUUCACGCCCUGUGAGAUUGACUCUGUGAUCGCCGAGGAGGAUGAAUCAGAGGAGCGUCCAAAGACCGCCCCUGCCGACAAGAUCAACGAUUCCAAAACGGACGCCGACGUCGACUCCGUCUUUGAGGCCAAUCGACCUAAAACGGCCGGCGUCGACUUGGCAGGGAAUUCAAUGGCAAAACAGACUAAAAAGGUGGCUAAAGCUGACGUCAAAGUUGUCAAAAAAUCCGAAUCAAAAGUUGAAUCGGAACACAGAGAAAUGAAGCGCGAGGAACGAAACAGUCAAGAAAUUGACGCAAAGGGGAUUAAACUUCCAGAACAGAAAAUAGCUCAAAUUGACCGACUUUUGAAGUCCGCCAGUCAAGUUAGGACCAUGGCUCCCGAUAAUGAAAUGACGUCAAUACCGGAAUUGAAGGGGGAAGAUGAGAGUGAGGCAGAAGAUGGGGAGGUUGACGUUCAGACAGAGAGAACGAGGGCAAGGAAGAUCACGAUCAAAGCAGAAAAGUUCCUGGAACUAGAAAAAGGUAAAACAGUGAUCACUUUAAAAGACAAAGAGGGUGAAUUUGUUUUGAAGCCCUUGAAUAUAAACUAUGAGCCUGAUGAAGUGGAAGCCGUGUUUUUCGCAAAGGAUCCCACUCGCGAGAAAAUGGCUUUGGUUCGCCAGAAAACAAACUGGGGUUCUAACACAGUUGCUUCAGAUCUAAAAGUGAACAACAGAAUAGCAAUACAGCGAUCGUUGAUGGGGAAAAGCGCAAAGAAAACCACCGUUGCUGAGAUUUUCAACAACGCAAGAGAUAGAAGGACCAGGCAUUUUAGAAUUAUGUUGAAAAAUCCUGUCGUUAAUCCUGAAAGUGAAGAACCCAGUAAACAGAGGAAGAAGUCUAUAAUAGUAGUUCCCCCCGGAAUGGACAAGUGGAACUCUAUAUCAGCUGCUACCAAGGUGACGAAGAGUGGAACGGAAACUAAAUCCACCGCGGUCCACCUGUACAAACACCAGAAGAAGGUGACAUCAAAGCAAGAAACCGAUAAAGCCGCCAAGGUGAACAAAACAGUGAUGACAAAAUCUCAUCAGCUUUCGGAGUCCAACAGUCCAUCUAAACCAGAGGGCGCUUUCUCCAGGCCAUCGCUACGGGUGACCAUCACCUCACCGAGCGGAACUGACAAAAGCGUGCCCGUGAAUCCAAAGAGGGGCAGCGAUGAAAACACAGAGCUAUUCCAUCGGGUCAAACAGAUGCCGCGAACUCACGAUGGCAAGUUUCUGAAUCGUUCGUCUACGUCCUUGUCUUCUCGUGAGGAGAUUCCUCCGCAUUUGUCCGACAGAGACAUGACGGACAUGAUCCGCCGGAUGGUGGAGGGAGAUACCGAUACCAGAAGUGAGGCGCCAGACGUCAAGAAGAGAAAGGCGGGAAACCGUAAAAAUACGCCCAGUGUGGAUAACGCAUCCGACACGGAAUCCAUCUAUUUCGGUAACGUGAAGCGCCUCCUCUCCAGCAACCAGGCGCGCCAGAUCAUCAAGGACCUCAAGAGGCGGGACCAGGAGUACGAUGACGCCAUGCUCAAUAUGAGACGGAGGGUCGCCAUUGGUGCUCAAGGUCACAGUCCGAUAAAACGACCCAACAGUGUGGCUGCUUUCAGAUGAACUCGACUAUUUGUCAUAAAACGAUGUCAGUUUAGUUGGCAGAUUUAUUAAUAAAAAAAAAUAUGUAUAUUCACCUGCACGUGACCUAGGAGGUCUAUAUAGCAUUUGAAUUUUUCAAAAGAGAACUAAAAAUAGAUAGGCAAAUGAAAUAUCGCGUUUUUCAAUUUGUUCGGCUAUGGCUUCAAACUAAACUCUUCGCUUGAUAACUAAAUUUGUUAUUGGUGUAUCAAUUCGUCGAUCAAAUAAUAAAUCAAUUAUUGCGGUUUUCUUUCGAUCAAUAUGAUGAUUUAGCUACCCUCAAAGUAUUUUCGGGUUACAAAUUCAUCGUAUUGACCUCAAAAACAGCAUUUAUUGUAUAAAAUUUCCCUUUUGUAAUUGUUAUAAUAUCACCCUCGCGUGCAAUAUACUUGCAUAUUAAUUACGUCAGGUUCGAAAUUUAGUUAAGCAAAUGUAAACACUUCAUUGGAAAUCAAAAUGUCAGGACAGCGUCUGCUAUUCAGAGAAACUUACUUUUAUUGUUUAAUUUGAAGACUUAUUGGGAGUUGAUUUUAAUCAACUCUCCUAUGCAGUUACUCUGGCAAACCGAAACUGAAACAGUGUUUGGACCUAAGCACAAAUCAUCACCGCUGACAAGAGUUAGUUCUUGAAAAUAAUCGAUAAAUUCGAUGUAAUGUACGCUGAAGCAUUUUUAAAAAAGGAAACUUAUUUAUAAAUACCUAAGAAAUAGUCAGAUUUUAAAUAGUACGAACAAUUUAGAAGUUUUUUUUCAGUCGUAUGUAUUCCUACGCCAGAGUUCAACCAUCGGGUGUCUCCGUACAUCUCCAACAAGCAGAAAGUCAGUCUAUAUUUAGAGGUCGCAUCAUCAAGCUAUCACGUGACCUAGUAUCUCUUACUUGUCGGAGAUUAACGGCGACAGCCGAGCAUCUGGUUGAACGAGACUAGAGUUCAUUAUUGGUUGGAUCCAUACACUUUUUGAAAUAUUUCGAAUACCGAUACAUAGUUUGAUGAAAUCAAUUCUAUUUUUAAAUAUUACACAACAUGAUUCAUAAGAGGUUUUCUCGAAAUUCUUGUCGGAAAAGUCCGAGAAUCCAUAUUUUAAAAAUGUGCGUAAUUCAAAUAGAGAUUAUAAACUACUUGCCAAGCAAAAUAACAUCGUUGAUUUUUAGAUAAAUAAUAAUCGAUAAAAUCAACUCCCGUCAGUACUUCAGUACUUUGAUUUUUUUUUUUUAAAGCGCCGAUCGACAUUUCACAAAACACCCUACAUUGAUUUGUAAGAUAUGAAGAUGUAUUGAUAAUAUACACGUGUAAAUGAGAUGAUAAAUAUGUUAUUACUGAUUUAGAUUUUUUAAAAAUGUUAUAUAACAUAUGACAUUUCAAUUUGCCAUGGACCAUGAUAAACGGGUGCAUUCAUUCGUCUAAAAUUCAUGGUUAUUUGAUAUACUCAAAAUCCAGAAAAAAAGAUCUCAUAUAUCUUCGAAAGAGAUUUAAAAAUAAUGAGUUUUGUCGUGUCAUGUCUCUCUCUCAGAGUGAUAUCUAUUACCCUGUAUGUUAUUCUUACAACUCUCGAAAAGACAUUAACUUUUUAUGCUCCAUUCAGCCAAAAUUCAUUUAAAAGUUAAGUGGAGAAU